ACACAACACCAGGGCCAAGUAGCCUUUGGUGGUGGUUGUUCUAAAUCUAUACCGUUUCCCGUAAUCUCUCAUUCCAUUUCGUAAGUUCGUCUGUUGAAAAUGGCUGCAACUGUGGGUGCCAAAAUUUUCCGUGACUUUUUUCGGGACAGCCCCUGUCGGAUGGCAUAUCUUAUGAAACCUGCGGAAGCGUCCGCACUGAGGCCUUUGUCUAGCAAAAUUGUUGUGCGGCCAAAAACAGCUCCAAAUCCUCGGUUGAAUCGAACAACCGAUGCAUCCCCAUUGUUACCAUUGGGGUCGGCGAGACCCGUUAGCCGAUUUGAUCGGUACGUAGAGCCACCGGCUGCAACGAAAACCUCUAGCGUGUUAGCAAAGCAACCAUGUCCACCGUGUGGGAAAGCUAAAAAGAAGCCAACGACAGACUCGAAGCCUGUACGUACCAGGGAUACUUCCACCAAGCAUCGGAGCAGCUCCACCGGUUCCGGUAGUGCCGAGGAAGCGAAAAUACUGAACACAGUUCAGAAACGUGAUCCACAGCAGCCAAGAAAACCGGGCUGCAAAGUGUGUUUGCCGAAUGAUCCGACCGGAUUUUUGCUCAGCGAAAUCGAUCACAUCCGCGAUCGUAUCCUGGAUCGUCCAGAUAGUAUCAGCUGCCGACAGGCGAUUGCACUCGCUCAAGACAUACGCAACAGAGUUGACGCUAUCGUUCUUCCGGCGGGAAGCGGUGGUGAGCGUGAGCCGCGAGUAAAGUUUAUCGGUGGACGAGUGAAAAGCUUUGGCCGAAUACCAGAUCUGAAACGAAAGCCGGUAACGGACACGGUCGAUUGUAGCAUCAAGAGGGCAAAGAUUGUGCUGGACAAGAAGGUCGCGUCGUCAGCGCUGGGUGGUUGGAUGCGCCUCGAGGAGGAGCGAAAGGAUAUCAAGCAUCAACGAUAUUGAAUGAUGCUCCUCCAGCUAAUGGCACGCGUGUCAGGGAGCAGUCGAACAAGAGGAAAUCACGCGAUCAUUAGAUAAGAAACAAAUUUCAUCCCAGUGCAAUGCAAAAUCCAAAAUGUAUUAAAUCUCAUUUUAACCCGUCAAGUGUUGGUGGUCUAUGCUCAUUUUAUCAACACCGUAGACAUCAACAAAAAACAAUGCAGCGCACGGGACCCACCCGGGUAUAGGUAGUAGACUAAUAAACAAAUCUAUAUGCCGAGCGUUCACCUCACAGCCACAGUCGGUUGCAUCAUUGAUAACGAUUUGGCGAGAGUAUUUAAAGGGAUCGCGAUGGUUGCAAAAUGGUACAGUUGGCGUUUGCGCCGAUCGCAAUCAAAAUGGCAUUCGUCCCAUCGUUGGCCAUUAUCGGGCUGGUGCUUUGCCUUCACGGCGCCCAGGCAGUGGGAAGCGCCGAGAACAACCUUGGCCUGAAGCUGUUUGUGCAAAGCAGCGGGGAGCACCAGCAACCCCAGAACUACUACCAAAACUUUGCACCGUAUCGGCCACGUUUUGCCGAAGCAAAGUACGCCCCGGAACAGUUUCGCACCGGGUACGGCAAUGUGGUCACGUCCCAGGCUGCCUUUGUGCAGGCCAUCAACAACCGUUCCACCACCUGGAAGGCGGCCGUUAAUCCGAAACGCAACGACCAGUACCGUGCCGGUGUGCUGUCCGACGAGUCGAUGAAAUUCCAGCUGCCUCAAGGAUUCGUGCUGAAGCUGCACGAGGACCCGUUGCCGGCAUCGUUCGACGCGCGUCAAAAGUGGUCCUACUGUCCGAGCAUGAACAUGGUGCGCAGUCAGGGAUGUUGCGACUCAAGCUUUGCUGUGGCGGCCGUUUCAACCAUGACCGAUCGUUGGUGCGUCCAUUCGGAGGGCAAGGCUCAGUUCAACUUUGGUGCGUACGAUGUGCUCUCCUGUUGCCACCGGUGCGGAUUUGGCUGUGACGGAGGUGUGCCGAGUGCGGUGUGGAACUAUUGGGUAGAGAGUGGUAUUACCAGUGGUGGACCGUUCGGCUCGAACGAAGGCUGCCAAUCGUAUCCGUUCGAUGUUUGCAAGAAGGCGGGAGAUGCUGCCGAAGCGCCUCGGUGUCUGCGGGUCUGCCAGCCCGGGUACAACGUUACCUACGCAGAGGACAAACAUUACGGACGGGUGGCGUACAUGGUACCGAAGGACGAGGAACGCAUCAUGUACGAGGUGUUCAACUUUGGACCGGCUCAGGCCACCUUCACCAUGUACACGGACUUUGUGCAGUACCAUAGUGGUGUGUACCGGCAUACGCUCGGUCUACGCGUUGGUAUGCACUCGGUCAAGGUGAUGGGCUGGGGUGAGGAGAACAACGUCAAGUUCUGGCUGUGUGCAAACUCGUGGGGCGCUCAGUGGGGAGAGGGUGGAUUCUUCAAGAUUGUCCGUGGCGAGGAUCAUCUCGGUUUUGAAUCGAAUGUCGUCGCUGGUUUGCCGUUCUUCCGCUAAUGGGACUAACUUACUGCGAAAACACGAAAUAUAUUUACAGCAAAUGACUAUUUAAA